AUGAAUUAUUUUAAACAUUAUAAUAAUUUAAGAGGUAUAACUGAUACGAACAGCGGUAAAGAAGAAAGAGAAUUAUUAAAAUUGGAAUCUGAUGUUGAUCGUUUUAAAUUACCAUGUUUUAAAAAAUAUCGUUUUAAAUGUGAAAAAAUCGAGGAAAUUGUAUGUAAAAAUAUUCAAAAUUAUGAAUUAUUAUUAAAUUCUAAAAAUUCAAUAUAUCAACGUAGAACUGUACUUAUUGUCUGUGAAAAUAUUGUUAAAUUUGAAAAAAAUUCAUCACAAGUAAGAAAAGAAUUUCAAUAUAAAGGUAAUAAAAUUUAUAUAUAUGAUAGAACAUAUAGAAAAUUUGAAAAAAAUCAAUUAAAUUGUGCUGAUAUUAUAAUUGCAACGAAUAUUACUGGUCGUGGUACUGAUUUGGAUAUUAAUCAAUUUCCUGAAAAAAAUGGUGGUUUACAUGUUAUAUUAACAUAUAUUCCAAAUGAUUUACGUGUUUAA